AGAUAAGAUUAGAUUUGAAUAUAUGCCGCAUCUGGAGUGUAUAUCUUAAAGAUCUCGAUGACAAGUUAAGGAAACAUGAUCCUCCAUUAACAUUUGAUUCUUCGACUGUAUUGACCACUGUGACAACCUCCGGCGUUGUAUCAACUGGUUCUCAUGGCAUGAAGGUUGGCACUUCAAAUUUGUCGGAAAAAGUAAUCUCUUUUCAAAUUGUGACAUCCGAUGGUAAACUUCAUGAAUUUUCUGAUGAGAUAGAUCCUGUUGAAAUGAGUGCUGCAAGAAUCAGUCUCUUGGGAAUUAUAUAUAAGCUCACUUUUAAAGUCGAACCAAUGUUUAAUAUGAUAGAAAAAGAUAGUUUUCCAAACCUUUCUGAUUAUUGGAAAGCAAAAAACCUCAAAAAUGACGUAUUGACUUGUGAUAGUAUUGAAAUUUUAUAUUGGCCAUUCAAUACACCUGGUCUUCAGGAAAAAAAUGAUAAGCUUUGGGUAAAAACUUACAAAAGAACCGAUAAGGAUGUUACAGAGAGUCAACUUGAAGUGAAAGCAGCGUCAGCCUUCCAAAGCUUUGGACUCAAAUUUGGAGAACAUCUUUAUGAAUACAUGGCUAAACAUCCGGAAUGUACCCCAUUCAUGACUAAUCUUCUUUUUAAUAUUGGUGUUAAUCAUGAACGUGAAAGGAUUCUACAAGCACCUGAUGCGAUUCAUUAUCAG